CCUCCUCCGGUGCUGGCGCCGGCUUGCAGCCCAGGUCCUGGCGGUUUCGGUGCCCCAAGCCGGGAGCGCGGAGUCGUUCCCGGAGCGGCGGCCAGGCUAUGAUCGCGGGUCCCCGGCGUCCCGCUCCGGUCACCCAGAGUCCCUGUCUCCGCUUGUGCCCGUACCCGAGCGGUCUCCUCAGCCCGGCCCCGCAGCGCGGUUGUCGGCGGCGCCCCCGGCGCGCCCCCUCCUCCCGAUGGCGGCGGAGAUCCAGCCCAAGCCGCUGACCCGCAAGCCCAUCCUCCUGCAGCGGGUCGAGGGGUCCCAGGAGGUGGUGAAUAUGGCCGUGAUCGUGCCCAAGGAGGAGGGCGUCAUCAGCGUCUCGGAGGACAGGACUGUUCGUGUAUGGCUAAAGAGAGACAGUGGACAGUAUUGGCCAAGCAUAUAUCAAGUGAUGCCUGCUCCAUGUUCAUGCAUGUCUUUUAACCCGGAAACAAGAAGACUGUCCAUAGGUCUAGACAAUGGUACAAUCUCAGAGUUUAUUUUAUCAGAAGAUUAUAACAAGAUGACUCCUGUGAAAAACUAUCAAGCGCAUCAGAGCAGAGUGACGAUGAUCCUGUUUGUCCUGGAGCUGGAGUGGGUGCUGAGCACGGGGCAGGACAAGCAGUUUGCCUGGCACUGCUCGGAGAGUGGGCAACGCCUGGGAGGUUACCGUACCAGUGCCGUGGCCUCGGGCCUGCAAUUUGAUGUUGAAACCCGGCAUGUGUUUAUUGGUGACCAAUCAGGCCAAGUAACCAUCCUCAAACUGGAACAAGACAGCUGCACCCUGGUCACAACAUUCAGAGGACACACAGGUGGGGUGACUGCUCUCUGUUGGGACCCUGUCCAGCGGGUGUUGUUCUCUGGCAGCUCAGAUCACUCUGUCAUCAUGUGGGACAUCGGUGGGAGAAAAGGAACGGCCAUCGAGCUCCAAGGACACAAUGACAAAGUCCAGGCCCUUUCCUAUGCGCAGCACACACGGCAGCUCAUCUCCUGCGGUGGUGAUGGUGGGAUCGUGGUCUGGAACAUGGACGUGGAGCGGCAGGAGACCCCUGAAUGGUUGGACAGCGAUUCCUGCCAAAAGUGUGAUCAGCCUUUCUUCUGGAAUUUCAAGCAGAUGUGGGACAGUAAGAAGAUUGGCCUAAGACAGCACCACUGCCGCAAGUGUGGGAAGGCCGUCUGCGGCAAGUGCAGCUCCAAGCGCUCCUCCAUCCCUCUGAUGGGCUUCGAGUUUGAAGUGAGAGUCUGUGACAGCUGCCACGAGGCCAUCACCGACGAAGAACGCGCACCCACGGCGACCUUCCACGACAGCAAACAUAACAUCGUGCAUGUGCAUUUUGAUGCCACCAGAGGAUGGUUACUGACUUCUGGAACUGACAAGGUUAUUAAGUUAUGGGAUAUGACCCCAGUUGUAUCUUGAUGACACUCCAGUAUCAGAAAGAUAGUAUUUACUCAAGAAGCAGUCGUUGGAAUCCGCAUCAUGACUGGAGCUGUCAGCAGACACGUGAGAGUCUGAGAGAAACUCGCGAGCCGGGCUGAGUUGGCAUGGGACCUAGUGAGUGGACGCUGGCGAGGGGACUCUUUCAACCAGUUCAUACAAUAGAAAAGAAGAUAUUUUUUUAACAAAUGGUUUAUACACUCUGGCCGUGCUGCAUUGUUCUGAGCAUACUGAAAACUCUGUGUGGGGUCUUUACUUGGUAUGUGUUUCUCACUUCCUUUUCAUUGUCGCUUCGUGUGUUGGAGAGAUGAGGGAGGCAUCUGUUCGGGGUAUUUUUGGUCGUUAUAAAGUUGUUUCCAUGUUUCCUUCACUUGGGCACAUAUUCUGUGUUCGGCAUCCUUUUCCUCUCUCCGUGUCACCUCCCCUCCUCUUCAUGUCCGCCUGUGUACGUGUUUCUCUUCAUGUCCGCCUGUGUACGUGUUUCUCUUUACACUCUGGAUUCUCAGUGUUUGUGCUUUCACAGACCUCCUCUUCAGCUGAGAGAUUCAGGAAACCAUUCGUGUGGGUUUUCCGACUGACUUCUUGAAUCACCCAAAGAGUAGUCCGUUUGGAAGGUCUAACUCGUUCCUGUUCAGGCUGUGUAGACGCGACCUUGUGCUUCUGCCUCAGUUUUCUGUCUUUGCUGUGAGAAAGCUGCUCCCGACCCCUGUCCUCACAGAAGCAGACGAUUGUAGCUCAGAGCUCCAACUUGCAGUGCCUGGAUCAUUUCUCCUUCCGUUGGAGCCCUCUGAGCCUUUUAUGUUUUCAUGUGACUUGCGUAGCUCUUCCUCACGGUGUUCAAAACAAACCCAACAAAACAAAAAAAUGCAAACUCCAUGUCCUUCAGAAAAAAGCGUCUUUAACAUGUGUCUGUCCAUGUGACAUCACCUCUGAAUUUGAAUGUGCUCCUUCCUGCGAGAGUAUAUCCUGCUCUACUCCUCACCAUCUGUAUUUUCUUCCCCUUGAAAAACUAGAUAUUUAAAGAUUUUUAUCUUUGCGUAUUUUAGCAGAACACUUUGCACACUUCCAUCCUAAAACUCUGUGAUCUGAGACGUAAAAGGUACCGAGUCCUACAGCUCGUACUGGGUUCCGGGAGGGGGGUGUUAAAAAGAAAGAAAAGAAAAAAAGAGGGCUUUAGAAAAUGAACCCAAAGAAUUCUGAUUUUAAGGGAAUCCAGUCAAACUUGAUAACGUGAGAUAUUCUUGUGCGUAGUGACUCAACUCAGAAUAUUGAAGUCCUUUUUAGAAAUCUUACUUCCACCUGUUUGCAGCAGGUGUGUGCCAUGAGCCUGCCCCAUUGUGUGCAUUUUACACAUCCCACCUCAUUCACCCUCUCCUGUCAGGGGUGUCAGGGGACCCCCGAGUCUCUUGAGGAUCACCAGGUUCAAUUAAGCCUUGCAGAGAAACAGGCCAGUUACUUGCCCUUCGCUAUCCACGCUGUCCCCAUUAUCUUGUUCACUUCUGAUUUGAUAGAUUUUUGGCAGUGCUGUUGAAAUGCUUCCAAUUUCUUUCUCUCUUUUUUGUUUUUGGAAACCUGUUUUUUUCCCCCCUCAUGAUUAUUUAUUACUUUUUUUUCCAACCAGAAAAAGUACUGCCCACCAUACUUCUGUCCUCUGACCCGUGUGCUCCCAGGGCUGGGGCUUCCUAGAGAUGGCUCUGUUGCUACGCCCUGGGGAGUACAGUGGGUGUGCCCUUUGUAGCCCUGGCACAGGGCAGCCCGUGUGUCACCUGAGCCAUCAGACCAGCUCAGAUGACCACAGUCUAAGGUUGGAUACAUGCGUGUACUUACUCACGCAUGGAAGCCAUUACCACUUGUCACUUCACUGUGGCCUACUCCCCCUGCUUGCCAUCAGUCAAAGCUAUUAGAACUAAGCUGAGUCUUGUCUGCAUGAUUGUGAGAGAGCUUUAAAAAGGGAAUGAAAUUUAAAACACUGAAAUACCUAUUUCAUAGCUUACUAGUGGAACUUGGAGCCACGUGCCAAGUUGUACAUAACAGAGAACCGUGUGUGGAAAACGAGUAAUGGAAAUGAAUUGCUCCGUUUUCCCUUUCCGAAAUUCGGAGUGUGGCCUGUAUACGGAGAGGGAGAUCACGUCAGGGAGACAGUGGAGCAGUGCCCAGCGAGCCUGAUGUGGAUCUGACUUAGGUCUGGGGGAGCUCACACACCCCACUGGGACAGCUGAUUGUCCCUGCUGGGUCACGCAUGUCCACCACGGUUGCUUUGGGCUGGACCCCGCCCUUCACUACAGCCCUCUCCCCCUCCCUAGUCCUGCCCCCACAGAGCUGUUCUGAGGCUGAAACCACUUGACACCUCAUUAGUGAUGAGAGUCACGAUCAAAAACCACAGAGACAUCAUAGUAUCCCCUGCUCUGCCCUUCUCUUUCUCCUUAUCUGUGUGGGUGCUUGACUUUGUUAAGAAGUACUUAGCAAAGCAGUGGUGUGUGUGUUUAUGAUACUGUGCAUUCUUGAGUUUUAUGAGGAAUGUCGCCACCGUUUUUUGUAACUCAGGGAGAGAGAAGUGCUGGUGUCGCAUGUCUUCCCCGCAUCGUAUGGAGUGGAGGCUUCACUUGUUGGGCGUGAAAGCUGGCACCAGCACUUGGCUUUUCUCCUGGCUGGGUUCACGGUCAUAGUUCUUGUUUUGCCCUCUUGCAGUUGCACUUUACAUAUGUUUUUGCUCUGUUACUUCAGCAGCUCUGGCAAGUAACGCCUAACAUGGCCAUGUCGGGAAAGUGGCCGGGCUGCCCAUCUCAUGCGCAGACUUGCUCUGCAUUCCGUAGGAUAAAACCGAUCAUAGGCUUUCGGUUUCUCCAAAGAAAUGAUGUUACUGGAAACUUUCACAGCCUGGGUUUGUGUCCGCAGUAGCUAAGGUGGUUUUAAAUUAAGGACUUGGAAUUGCAUGUCUUUUUAUAUGAGAUCAGUCAAUGAUGUUUUUCUCAUUUGAUGGUUUCAGUUAUUCAAGGAAUCAUAGAAUCACAAAACUGGAAGGGAUCUUGAGAGAUCUACAAUGUUCCAAGCAGAAAACAUUUGGUCAUCCCAGGCUGUCAGAUAUAGCCGAGGUGCCAACAGGAGAAUCUAAAAGAUUCAAAGAAUUUUCCAGGAACACAUUGUUUUGGACAUUAACUACUAAUGGCAUGACUAGGACGAGUGUCCUCUAGGUGGUUCUCAGGAAUCAGGCCUGAUCCUCUUACAGGGGAAUCUGACACUUCCUUUGGCCCCAGCCCUGUUUCUGAGGGGGUGGGUACUAUGCAAUGACACAAUUCUUGCAGGUCCUGAUCAGCAUAAACUCCUUCCUAGACUCUUCCUCAUGGAAUCGCCACCCCCUCCCCACCCCCCACCCCCGCCAACAAUGCAGGUGGAAAUCUAAGGGCAUUAACAUUUCACCUUCCCCUGUUUGUCUGAAGGCCGGCCUUGAGCCAGUCUCAGAGUCUACAGCCUUUGCUUUUCUUAGGGAACAUCACCUUUUCAUGGUUUGAGAUUCAUUUUUUAAAAAGCAUAAUUUAUUUUUGCUUAACAAUCAAAUUUUAAAGCCUGGACAUUGACUUUUAAGUAAAGGGAUCACUCUAAACUCUGUACCAAAGUUACUGGACAUAAAUAGUCAUGAAACAAGAUUCCUUUGAUUUUGCUUUUUUGAUAGUUUAAUUGUAUAUAAGUGAUAUCUCAUUCACUAAGAUACGUAUUUUAAAGUAAAAGAAAGAGCUUCGCCAAUACAGUCUUUUUCUGUCCUUUAAAAUAAUGGUAAAUUUUAACUGAGAGUGGACAUCUUUGAAGUUGAUUAGGAAACACAGAAAUUAAGUCCAUUUUAAACACAGAAUCCUCUAGAUGAUCUUCUGGAGUAUAGCCCACUUCAGCCAUCUGUGGACCGCCUGCCACAAGCCAGGCUCUAAACUAGGCUGUGGGAGCUGGGGCCCAUUCCCUGUCCUGGGCAGAGGCCACUCGGGGUAGUGGAUGGGUUAUGUCAGUCCCAUGGUCCAUUCAGUGAUAGAAGUGUGUGUGGGGCCCACCCCAGGGUUACACACAGUGCCCGUCCUCCAGCAGAAAGUACUUCUGAGCCGAGGAGUAAAGGUGCGAUUAAAGGGAGUCCAUUAAGGAAAUGCCUUGCAGGCUGCCGAAACAGAAACAAAGGCCUACGGUCUGGCAUCAGCCUGGUACGAGGAGGCCACAAGUGGUUGGAGUGGCCAGAGGGUAUCCAGUACUCGGCUGAAGUCCUGGGGCCUGAGCUCUUGUCACUAUGGCAGGGGGCUGCUGUGCGGGGUUCCCUACGACCUCAGAGGGAGGCAAUACACGGAGCACCAUGAGGGAUUCCCUCGGAGUUUGAGAGUUGGGUUUUCCUGCAGCAUACUGAGGCUAGUAUCUAGGGUUUUUAUUGUGGUUUGCCUUUAGAAAGACCAGGGGUGGUGGGUGGUUACCUUAAUAUGACCCAUGGCAACUAAGUUUUGAACUUUCUGGAGGCACAGCCCCCGCCUCAGAGGCCAUGAGGUGGAUCUGGAGGCCCCCACACGCGUGAACUUGGCCUGGGAGAGUUUACGUGCUAAUUUCCUCAUGACACAGGUGGGCCAGGCUCAGCUGCUCCCCUUUGAAAAAGGAAUGGCCAUGACGGGUAGUAGGAGACUGAUCUAGACAACUUUAGCAUCACAGGAAUACACAGAGCCAAGCCCAUUGGUACCUAAGCAGGCGGCCGCCCUCCAUUUCCCCGCUGGCCUGAAAUCAUUCUUGCGACUCAGUGGGUCUUCUCAGUACCAUGUGGGAAACAUGCUACAUCCCCGUCAUAGUGUCUCUCACCACAUGCAAGGGAACGUUUUUCUCAGACAGAGGCCAUAGAAGAGGCUCAGGCAGCGCCCCCUCCGAGACCUGGCUCUGCCCAGCAGGGGUGUCCCAGCAUCCUUCCACGAGGUUUGGCACUUUCUGGUUCUUGGCAUUCCUUCCAUUUGGCUUUUUCUUUGACUGCCCAACUCUCCUAUGUGCAUAACUUGAUAAUUCAGGAAUACCCGUGUUCAUUUUUCACCUUCAACUCAAUUUCAUAACCAAGAAUUAUAUACAUACCAACCCUCAGGGGUUUUAGUCUGUAAUUUUGCCUUUAAACGUCAUCCUUUCCACUGAGAAGCCUGUUUAGACCUAACACACAAAAGCAGUCUCCAAGAAUAUGAUCUGUCCAAGAUCGGAGUGGGAUCCCUCCUUUGUGUUUCACAUGCCGGGGAGCGUUGUUCCUGUUGGAGCAGACAGUCGGUAGUCGUCGUCAGAGACACGGGAAGGCGGCUAAAGCCUGGAGGAGGGACUGGACUGGGCGGUGGUUCUUGGGACCCCUCCAGUCCUGCGAUCCUGUCAUUCCACGAAUGUUUAGUGUUGGACUAGUGGCUGACUUAACUGCCAAUAGGCAGGCGAAUAGGAUCGGGAGGUCUUUUGUGUUCUUUCUCAUCAAGGAAAUUGCUUUCUGCUUUUUUCCAUUUAGAGGUCUGGAAAAGAUGGCGAAGGUGGAAGUUGGUCUUGGUACCACCUCACUAAAAAAUAAGAUACCUCAACAUGUUCACCUUGGCGACUUAAUAAUGGUAGCUGACUUUCUUGGGAGAGAAAGUGGCAGGGAACCGCAGGUUGGUUUCAAGGUUAGAUUGAGAAUCUGACCUUGAUAUUUUUUUCUCCUGGUUCUCUGGGAAUCCGAAGUGGGUGAACUCAAAUACAAAAAGGGACAAUGGUCUGCAAAACCUAUUUCAUUUACUUGCUUGCAUGUUUUUCUCCCUCCCAUUUGAAUAGAUGGCAGCCUUAGGUCAGUAGCAGUCACCCCUUUGGAGUACAGACCAGACACUCGUGUCACUGAUAACCAUGGUACUCUUCAUCUAUUUGUGUUGGGCACCAUUUGCCUUGCUUUUUAAAUGAUUUUUUUUCAUGUACUGUCUUUUCGCAAAAGAAAAUCUUUGUCUGAAAAGUACAAAAACUGUUAUUAACUGGACAAUGGGGAAGGUGCUAGCCCUCCGUUCGUGCCUGCCUACCUGCUGCCGUUCCUAACCAGGGCAACAGACUCUUCCAUGCUGCACGCCGUCCGUCUGGGGCCCCCGUAGAUCCUGGCUGCAGCAGGCAUGUUACUUCAUGGAUAUCUUUUUCUUUCUUUUUGAAAUGAGAUUCCCCAAGGGGUCAGGUUGAGAAUGUCACGAGCCCAAAGCCGGAACAGAUUUCUCAAAUGCAAUUCCAGCAGAACCCUUCCGGCCUCGCCGUGCUCUCUGCCACUGGAGACAUUGACAUUGACUUCCUGACUGAGCAGGUGGACUGAGCAAGACUGCUUACGAUGUUAAGAUGCCUGUAUCCAGUUCUGCGUUCCAAUGCUGCUGAUGUUGUGAAUGUUUUUAAACUCUGCUCACAUUCUCACUGUGUUCCCUCUAACUGAAAUAUGCCUGUGGCCAUUACCAAUGUAGAAGACUCUCAAUGCAAAGUUGCCUCCACGGUUUAAAAUAAAUCUCUGGAAACCUU